UGACGUGUCCCUUGCAAUAUCCCUAUCGUUAUAUAUGCUGUGUGCCUUAUGAAAUGCUGGGAUCUGGAAAAUCCAACCACCGACGCACCGUCGUCUCCACCUUUGAAUGACAACUCAAUCCUGCCGCUCGGAACUGCCCGCUGUGCGCGCUUGGCCGUAUGCCGUUUCGGGGGGCGGUGUGUACAGAGAAGCCAACAGAGCAGUAAGCGCAGCAGGAGCGUGGAAGAUGACAAGGAAGGCCACCUGGUGUGCAGGAUCGGCGAUUGGCUUCAAGAGCGAUGUACAGCCACCUUUCGUAAAACUUUACCUCUCUACUUUCUAUCCCCGUGUUAGACAAGAUCUCUCGUAUUGUACUGGAGGGGUCUCUAGUGUUUUAUUGCUUAUAAAUGGACUGACCAGUAAAUUGCCUGAGGCAGACAAUAGACACUUGAGUUUUAAAGAGCGUAGCAGUGAGAGACAUUUUUUUUGCUUUGACAUUUUAUUGCUGUGAAAUUGCAGGACCUCAGCUCUCGCCAAGCCUCCGCGGUUCACGUCCACUCCUGUUUUCUCUCCUAGACGAAAUCGUCGGCAGCCUUGGCGAAGGCACUUUUGGCAAAGUGGUGGAGUGUGUGGACCAUGCCAGAGGCAAAUCUCAGGUGGCGCUGAAAAUCAUAAAAAAUGUUGGAAAAUACCGAGAAGCAGCCAGGCUGGAAAUUAACGUCCUGAAAAAAAUCAAAGAGAAGGACAAGGAGAACAAAUUCUUGUGUGUCCUGAUGUCAGACUGGUUCAACUUUCACGGCCACAUGUGCAUCGCCUUUGAGCUUCUGGGCAAGAACACUUUUGAGUUCCUGAAGGAGAACAACUUCCAGCCGUACCCUCUCCCUCAGAUCCGGCACAUGGCCUACCAGCUCUGCCAUGCCUUGAGAUUUUUACAUGACAACCAGCUGACUCACACUGACCUCAAGCCAGAGAACAUCUUGUUUGUCAACUCGGAUUUUGAUACUCUGUACAAUGAGAAAAAGAGCUGCGAGGAGAAAUCCAUUCGGAACACAAGCAUCCGCGUGGCAGACUUUGGAAGCGCCACCUUUGAUCACGAGCACCACACCACCAUCGUGGCCACCCGCCACUACCGUCCACCAGAAGUGAUUCUGGAGCUCGGCUGGGCACAGCCAUGCGAUGUCUGGAGUACCGGCUGCAAAAAAAAGGUAUGACUCUUGCGAGAGGCUCUUUCUGAAUUAAUGCACCAUCGCUCUGUUCCUUUGCAGACCCACGAGAAUCGUGAGCAUCUUGUCAUGAUGGAAAAGAUCCUCGGGCCAAUUCCAUCUCACAUGAUCCACAAAACUCGGAAGCAAAAAUAUUUCCACAACGGGAACCUGGUGUGGGAUGAGAACACGUCCGAUGGGAGAUACGUCCAAGAGAACUGCAAGCCCCUGCGGACGUACAUGCUGCACGACUCGCUGGAGCACGCACAGCUCUUUGACUUGAUGAGGAGGAUGUUAGAAUUCGACCCUUCCCACCGGAUCACAUUCUCGGAAGCCCUCCUGCAUCCGUUCUUUGCUGGCCUCUCCGCAGAGGAAAGGAUGCUGUGCGGUCGAGGCGCCAGCCGGGAUCUGAGCAGAUGACGCCGGGGAGGGUGCGGUGCCUGCGGGACCUGUACAGACGCAAU